AGUCGCCAACCGCCUGCCUGACGCAGCAGCACUGCGCCAAACACUAGGUAGACACCAACUAAACGCUGAACACCCAUUACUCCGACCGCAUUCAGCGCCCGCGCAGAGGCUGCAGCCAAAACCAAACCCAGCAGCCUCGACCGUCAUUGUCAAACCCCCUGCACCCUCCCCGAUACUGCCAACCCCGCAACACCACCACUUCCUGUUUGCCUGAACCGCUAUUGCCCGAUCACUUCCCCGUCUCCGUCCACCGUUGGCUGCACUCCUUUUUGACGUCCUGCUGCUGCACUUGUCCAGGCUGCGGAUUGCUUUGCUUUGCCUUGCCGCUCGCUGCUUUUGCUGCUUUUGGGUGGUGCUGUGUUUGUUCUCAGGUCCAAGUGUGGGCCCCCGCCCCUCCCCAGAGCCUCCCCGUCUUUCGAGCUCCCCAACUGAAGCCUAACCUCUAACCUUGCCCGCCUACCGUGCUGGUCUGGUCUUGAUUUCAUCUGGCAUCAGGCUCCACGCGCGGCACCCUGUCCCGAAUCCUCCCUACCUACCAUCUUGCCUACCUCCGCACGCCCGUGCCGUCGUCGUCGUCCUCACCAGCAUUUUACCCGCCCGUCCUGCACUUCCGCGCCAUCUCCGCCAGAGACGCCUGCUGCCGUUUGAUCGCUCGACCUUGCCGCUCUCGAAAUCGCUUGCCGCCAGACCGCCCAGCCCAGCCACGACGACCCAAGUGAUCGCCUUCGUAGAGUGAGGGGGCACCUCGCCUACGUCAGACUGUCCGCAAAAUGGUUGAGGCCGACACAAACUCGCCAACAUGGAAAUUUACACAGUGUUUUGGCGACAAGGGAGACGUUGAGGAUAUCACGGAAGCCGAUAUCAUCUCCACCGUCGAGUUCGACCACACGGGCAACUACUUGGCCACAGGCGAUAAGGGAGGAAGAGUUGUGCUCUUCGAGCGCAACGAGACUAAGAAAACCUGUGAAUACAAAUCCCACACCGAAUUCCAGUCUCACGAGCCAGAGUUCGACUACCUAAAGUCCCUUGAGAUCGAGGAAAAGAUCAACAAGAUAAAGUGGUGCCGCCGGCAGAAUGCCUCGCACUACCUGCUGUCCACCAACGACAAGACGAUCAAGCUCUGGAAGGUGUUUGAGAAGUCCCUCAAGGUAGUAGCCGAGAACAACCUUUCGCAUGACUUGACCCCGGCCAACAUGGCCGGCGGCGGCGGCGCCCCGAGAGCGGCCCCCCAGUCUGCCUUCCGGAAUGCGAACGACCUGAAGCUCCCCCGCCUCACCCACCACGACACCGUCGUCGCCGCCGUCCCCCGCCGCACCUACGCAAACGCGCAUGCGUACCACAUCAACAGCAUAUCCGUCAACAGCGACGGCGAGACUUUCAUCAGCAGUGACGAUCUUCGCAUAAAUCUGUGGAACCUGAACAUCCAGGAGCAGAGCUUCAACAUCGUGGAUAUCAAGCCUGCGAACAUGGAAGAGCUGACAGAAGUCAUCACUGCUGCCGAGUUUCACCCUAUGAGCUGCAACUGGUUCAUGUACGCGAGCUCCAAGGGCACCAUCAAGCUGGCAGACAUGCGCGAGAGCGCCCUCUGCGACCAGCACGCCAAGAUGUUCGAGCAAGAGGAGGACCCGUCAUCCCGGUCGUUCUUCUCCGAGAUCAUCUCGUCGAUAUCCGACGUGCGCUUCUCGUACGACGGCCGAUACAUCCUGUCCCGAGACUACCUGACGGUCAAGAUCUGGGAUGUCAACAUGGAGAGGCAACCAGUCAAGACGAUUCCCAUCCACGAGCACCUGCGGCCUCGGCUGUGCGACACGUACGAGAACGACAGCAUAUUCGACAAAUUCGAGGUCGUUUUCUCGGGUGACGCGAAGAACGUGAUGACUGGUAGCUACAACAACAACUUCAUGAUUUACCCUGCCGACCCUGAGAAGGAGGUCGAGGUUGUCCUUCAGGCGGACAAGUCUGCCUUCAAGGCGAAGAAGGUCGGCGUCCCCACGCCCAUCAACUCGUCAACUAGCCCGACGGCCAACGGCGGGAAGAAGGGCGGGUCGCGCGCCGGCAGCCCGGCGGGCGGGCAGGGCCAGAGGAUGAGGAAGGAGACGGACGCCGAUCAGAUCGACUUCAACAAGAAGAUCCUGCAUAUGAGCUGGCAUCCCUUUGAAGACAGCAUCGCGAUCGCUGCCACGAACAAUCUCUUUGUCUUUUCUGCACUGUAGAAGGCUAGACGCUCUGGGGCCGGUGGCGCAUUCGGGAUAUUGGGCGGAAAUCGGGUCGUCUAUUUCUUCCUUUUUCUAUCUCUCUCUCUCUCUCGCUCUCUCGGAAAUAUACAGCCUCAGUCAUCCGAAGAAUAACAGGGGGAGGCCUCUUUUCUUUCCCGGCGCGCCCGGGUCCAGUGUGUUGAGUGGCGGGGUAGACGGGAGGGGGAGUUGGGGAGGUGUGACGAUGGUCACCGCAAAAGAGCGUCUGCUGCCUCCGGGGACCUCUUUUUCAUAUCCACCCUCCCAUAGUCGUCUCGUUAGAGCAGAGGCGGCGGUGGACGCAGCGGGGCCGGGCUGGGUGAGGCUGUGGCAUAAUUGGAGCUAUGGCACCAAUGUCCCUUGUCCAGGCUGCUGUAAGGUCUACCAAACGUGGAGUGGCAGAGUGCUCCGGCACCGACGUUUGGGUUCGGGAAAGUAUGGGUGCUCGGCAUCGGCAUCAGGCAUUGAACGGUCUAGACAGCAAAGGUGUCUGCUCAAGGAGUACGGCAAGACAAAAUCAACAGACAAUGUAGCUUGCCCACCAGGCAUGUACUCGGGCUACGGCCGCUUCACUAGUAUUGCGAAUGAAAUGGAUGCGUGAUUGUGAUUCACACAAGGCCGGCCGGGAUCGAGGCAUCGG